AUGGGCCCGGAAUAUCAACUGGCGCAGUUCUCUUAUAUAGAGAAUCGGGACUGUUUCCAGUACGAGAAGCCAUACCAGAUCCUGUCCCAUAUACGAGACAACCAGUCGAAGGCAAAUUUAUCUUGGGAGAGACCUGCUAAGGAGAAAGUUAUCAACAUUCGCGGAAACGAGUCGAAUUUUGGGCUUGAUAAGCAUGGUUUCUGUUUUCGUACUGCUCCCACCACGUUCAAGGACUGGGAUGUUGCUAGACAGGUCGAGACAUACCAUAUACCUGAAGUGAAGCGGCUGAUCAAGGAGAUGGUUGAGGGUGUUGACGAGGUUGAGGUAUUUGAUUGGAGACGUCGGUCUACAACAUGGCGAGCUCCUGUCAAUCAGGCAGUUGAUAUGAAUAACCCCACCCAUGCGCUCGUCCCAGCACAGCAAGUUCAUCUUGAUCAGAGCCCCUACGCUACCGUGAAACGGGUGAGAAUGCUGAGGGGCAGCCGAGCAGAUCAGUUACUGAAAGGCCGCAUAAGGGUAAUCAACCUUUGGCGACCAUUGGAUGUCGUCAAAAAUUGGCCACUUGCUCUAGGUGAUGGUCGGACAAUGGGUCUUAGUGACCUUGUGGCAGUUGAUCUGGUCCGAAAGGACUAUGUAGGCGAGACAAUGUACCAGAAGUACCGGCCGGGAUUUCGCUGGUAUUAUCUUCAUCAUCAAACACCCGACGAAAUAUGCCUAUUCAAAAAUUUCGACUCUGAAAAGGAUGUUGAAUCUACCAGUAUGUUUAGUUACCAGCUUGUCCUUGACCCUGCUAAUAGUUCGCCCAAGUAUGCCCUCAUAGUUCCUUCGCCCAACCUGAUGCACCGUGCCAGUCUACAAACAGGGAGAGUGUGGAGUUCAGAGCUCUGGUAUUCACAUAUCCCCAAGGAAUGA